AUGGAUGAGGAGGACCGGUUCUCGGCGAGCUCUCCCGAGUCGGACCGGCCCAACGAGCCGGACGAGGUGAUUGAGGAUGCCGAGGACGGAGACAACGAUGCCGAGCAGGACGAUGACAACAACGACGACGACGACGAGAACAAUGACGACGAAAUCGAGAACAAUGACGGAGGCGACGACGCCACUCAAAACGCGACUGCGAGUGCGAGUGCCGAUGGCGACGACGACGGCGGCAAUGGCAACACGGCCUCCAACGUCGAUGCCAAUGCCGAUGGCCACGUCAAUGCCAACGGGGAAUCGGGUGUCAAAUCCAGCAAAUCCGCCACGCCGACACCUUCCGCUGCCCGGCUACGCCUCCGGCCCUCUCUGCGGCAAGAGGCAAUCACAGCGCGACUCUACGACAUCGUCCCAACAAUGGCCGCGCCUCAGUCGACGAGCAUCAAUGCCAUGGCCAUCACGCCCGACCUGCGCUACUGGAUAACGGGCGGUUCAGAUGGCUACAUCCGAAAAUACGACGGACCCGGCACCAUCAACGGCAAGCUGGCCUUGACCGUGGCCCAGAAGCACUCGUUUGUUGACAGUGUCACCAAAGCCGGCAUCUUGAUGUCGUACUGGGAAAACGAGGAGCCAGCCGCCCCAGGACGGGGGGACCACGACCACAACCUGUCACCCGUCUACUCGCUGGCCGUCCACUCGCGAGCUCUCUGGCUCCUCUCCGGCCUCGAAUUCGGCGGCAUCAACCUACAGAGUGUCCGGCACGACGAGGGCAAGAAGAUUGCGUGUUUGCAGAGGCACACCAACGCCGUCAGCUCGCUGAUGCUGGCGCCAGACGAGAAGAGCGUGCUGAGCGGCGGCUGGGACAAGAACAUCUUUGACUGGGACUUGAACACGGGCCAGACCACCCGCAGCUUCGACGGCUCAGGCGGCCAGAUCUCCUCCAUCGAGCUGCGGCCCGCGAGCGGUGACCCCGUCCCCGUCGAAGCAGACGAGCCCAUCCAAUCAACCACCGUGUCGACGAACAAUGGCGUCCCGCUCGUCAACGGCGUCUUCAAGGACGAGUCUGGAGCGCUCGAUGCCGGGGGAGCCGACCAGUUUGCCGUCUCGGCCAGAGACGCCGCCGCCUCGCCCGUGAACGAGAGUCUUUUCGGGGGCAGUGACGCGGGCAGCUUGUUCGGGGAGACGGCGGGUGAGCAGCCGUUUGGCAAUGACGACGAUAGCUUUGGUGCCAACAUGGACAUGAUGCCCAGCCACGAGGGAGGCAUGGACCACUCGGCCGACUUUGCCAUGACCGACUUGGGCACCGCCGCCAAGGAACCGGAUACCAAGACGGAGGACGGACCGGCUUGGCAAACCCAGACCCAGGACUCGAGUCCGUCACACGGCGUCAUGCACGUCGACAGGGACAAGCCAUCGGCCGACGCCCCUGCCAAGACUGAGGAGCCGGCGGCCACACAACGCAGUCAGUCACAGCCUCUCAAGACGGAAGAUGAUGCAAAGGACGUGGCAACGUUGGCCCAGGACAAAGAAUCACUCAAGAAGUCGCAAUCACCCGCAUGGACAGGCCCCCCGGCAGUCUACCACCACCAGCAGCAGCAGCAGCAGCAGCAAUUCGAUCAGUCACAGGUAUCGGCAACCACCUUUCUCUCGUCCGCGAUUGACGGCACAAUUAGGAUUUGGGAUCGCCGCGCGCCCAGCGCUGUCGCCAGGAUCGGCACGAGGCACGGUGUCCCGCCCUGGUGCAUGAGUGCGUGCUGGAGUCCGGACGGCAACAUGAUUUACGCAGGCAGAAGGAACGGCACCGUGGAAGAGUUUGACGUGAGAAGGGCAAGGAGCUGCUGGGAGCCCGAGAGGGCAUUGAAGUUCCCGGCCGGAAGCGGCGCCGUCAGUGCUGUGCGGCCCAUGCCCAACGGACGCCAUCUCGUGUGCGCAUCGCAUGACAUUCUACGACUGUACGAUCUCCACGACACCCGGGCGUUCAAGCACUCGACCGUCCCGUUCCUUAUCAUCCCCGGCCCCCCUCGUGCCGGCGUCAUUUCCAGCUUGUAUAUCGACCCGACCAGUAGGUUUAUGCUGAGUGCCGCAGGAACACGAGGCUGGGACGGCACUAGCACAGAAGUUUUAAUUGGGUAUGAGAUUAAUGUCAUUAAUGAUUAG